AUGAUGGAGUUUUAUGAGUCAACAUAUUUUAUUGUUCUUAUUCCUUCAGUAGUUAUUACAGUAAUUUUCCUCUUCUUCUGGCUUUUCAUGAAAGAAACAUUAUAUGAUGAAGUUCUUGCAAAACAGAAGAGAGAACAAAAGCUUAUUCCUACCAAGCCAGAUAAAAAGAAGGCAGAAAAGAAAAAGAAUAAAAAGAAAGAAAUUCAGAAUGGGAAUCUUCAUGAAUCCGAUUCUGAGAGUGUACCCCGGGACUUUAAGUUAUCUGAUGCCUUGGCUGUAGAAGAUGAGCAACUUGCACCUGUUCCACUGAAUGUGGUUGAAACUUCUAAUAGUGUUAGAGAAAGAAAAAAGAAGGAAAAGAAACACAAGCCGGUACUAGAAGAGCAGGUCACUAAAGAAAGUGAUGUAUCAAAGAUUCCAAGCAAAAAAGUAGAACCUGUCCCAGUUUCUAAACAGCCCACCCCCCCCUCUGAAGCAACUGCCUCAAAGAAGAAACCAGGACAGAAGAAGUCUAAAAAUGGAAGCGAUGAUCAGGAUAAAAAGGUGGAAACUCCUAUGGCACCUUUGAAAAAGCAAGAAUCAUUACCCCUCCACCAAGAGACUAAACAAGAAAGUGGAUCAGGAAAGAAGAAAGUUUCAUCAAAGAAGCAAAAGACAGAACAUGUUUUGGUGGAUGAACCUCUUAUUCAUGCAACUACUUAUAUUCCUUUGAUGGAUAAUGCAAACUCAAAUCCUAUGGUGAAGAGAGAGGUUAUUGAUCUGAUUAAACCUGACCAAGUUGAAGGAAUCCAGAAAAUGGGGACUAAAAAACUGAGGGUGGAACCUGACAAAGAAAAUGCUGAAAUGAAAUUUAAAGAUUUUAUUCUGUCCUUGAAGACUAUGGUAUUUUCUGAAGAUGAGGCUCUUUGUGUUGUAGACCUGCUAAAGGAGAAGUCUGGCAUGAUACAGGAAGCUUUAAAGAAGUUAAGUAAAGGAGAAUUGACUGUACUUGUACAUCAGCUUCAAGAGAAAGAUAAAUUACUUGCUGCUGUGAAGGAAGAUGCUGCUGCUAUGAAAGAUCGGUGUAAGCAGUUAACCCAGGAAAUGAUGGCAGAGAAAGAAAGAAGCAAUGUAGUUAUAGGAAGAAUGAAAGAUCGGAUUGGAACAUUAGAAAAGGAACAUAAUGUAUUUCAAAACAAAAUGCAUGUCAGUUAUCAGGAGACUCAACAGAUGCAGAUGAAGUUCCAGCAAGUUCGUGAGCAGAUGGAAGCAGAGAUAGCUCACUUGAAGCAGGAAAAUGGCAUAUUGAGAGAUGCUGUCAGCAACACUACAAACCAACUAGAAAACAAGCAGUCUGCUGAACUGAAUAAACUGCGCCAGGAUUAUGCUAGAUUGGUGAAUGAGCUGACUGAGAAAACAGGAAAAUUGCAGCAAGAGGAAGUUCAAAAGAAGAAUGCUGAGCAAGCAGUUACUCAGCUGAAGGUUCAGUUACAAGAAGCUGAGAGAAGGCGGGAAGAAGUCCAAAGUUAUAUCAGGAAGAGAACAACAGAACAUGAGGCAGCCCAGCAAGAUUUACAGAGUAAAUUUGUGGCCAAAGAAAAUGAAGUACAGAGUCUACAUAGUAAGCUUACAGAUACCUUGGUAUCAAAACAGCAAUUGGAGCAAAGACUAAUGCAGUUAAUGGAAUUGGAGCAAAAAAGGGUGAAUAAAGAAGAGUCUCUACAAAUGCAAGUUCAGGAUAUUUUGGAGCAGAAUGAGGCUUUGAAAGCUCAAAUUCAACAAUUCCACUCCCAGAUAGCAGCCCAGACCUCUGCUUCAGUUCUAGCAGAAGAAUUACAUAAAGUGAUUGCAGAAAAGGAUAAACAGAUAAAACAGACGGAAGAUUCUUUAGCAAAUGAACAUGAUCAUUUAACAAGUAAAGAGGAGGAACUUAAGGAUAUACAGAAUAUGAAUUUCUUACUAAAAGCUGAAGUGCAAAAAUUACAGGCUUUGGCAAAUGAACAGGCUGCUGCUGCACAUGAACUGGAGAAGAUGCAUAAAAGUAUUCGUGUUAAGGAUGAUAAAAUAAGACUGCUUGAAGAGCAGCUACAGUGUGAAAUUUCAAACAAAAUGGAAGAAUUUAAGAUUUUAAGUGACCAAAACAAAGUAUUACAAUUAGAAGUUCAGAGGCUACAGACCCUUGUUUCUAAACAGCCUAAUAAAGAUGUUGUGGAACAAAUGGAAAAAUGCAUUCAAGAAAAAGAUGAGAAAUUGAAAACUGUGGAAGAAUUACUUGAAACUGGACUUAUUCAGGUGGCCACUAAAGAAGAGGAACUGAAUGCAAUAAGAACAGAAAACUCAUCUUUGACAAAAGAAGUUCAAGACUUAAAGGCAAAGCAAAAUGAUCAGGUUUCUUUUGCAUCUCUAGUUGAAGAACUUAAGAAAGUAAUUCAUGAAAAAGAUGGAAAGAUCAAGUCUGUGGAAGAGCUUCUGGAAGCUGAACUUCUCAAAGUUGCUAAUAAGGAGAAAACUAUUCAGGAUUUGAAACAGGAAAUAGAGGCUCUAAAAGAAGAAAUAGGAAAUAUCCAGCUUGAAAAGGCUCAACAGUUAUCUAUCACUUCUCAAGUUCAGGAGCUUCAGAACUUAUUAAAAGGAAAGGAGGAACAGAUGAAUACCUUGAAGACUGUUUUAGAAGAAAAGGAGAAAGAUCUAUCCAAAAGCAGGAAAUGGUUACAGGAUCUUCAAGAAGAAAAUGAAUCUUUAAAAGCUCAUGUUCAGGAGAUAGCACAACAUAACUUGAAAGAGGCCUGUUCUGCCUCACGGCAUGAAGAACUUGAGACUGUGUUGAAAGAAAAGGAAAAUGAAAUGAAGAGAGUGGAAAGUAUGCUAAAAGAGAGGGAGAGUGAUCUUUCUAGCAAAACAAAGCUGCUACAGGAGGUACAAGACAAGAACAAUUUGUUUAAAUCCCAAAUUGAACAGCUGAAGCAACAGAACUACCACCAGGCAUCUUCUUUUCCCCCACAUGAAGAACUAUUGAAAGUAAUUUCAGAAAGAGAGAAAGAAAUCACUGGUCUCCGGAAUGAGAUUGAUACUUUGAAGGAUGCCGUUGAACACCAGAGGAAGAAAAACAAUGAAAGACAACAACAUAUGGAAGCUAUUGAGUUGGAAGCUAAAGAAGUUCUCAAAAAAUUAUUUCCAAAGGUGUCUGUUCCUUCAAAUUUGAAUUAUAGUGAAUGGUUGCGUGGAUUUGAAAAGAAGGCAAAAGAAUGUGUGACUGGAACUUCUGGGUCAGAGGAGGUUAAGGUUCUAGAGCACAAGUUGAAAGAAGCUGAUGAAAUGCACACAUUGUUACAGCUAGAGUGUGAAAAAUAUAAAUCCGUCCUUGCAGAAACGGAAGGUAUUUUACAGAAGCUACAGAGAAGUGUGGAGCAGGAAGAAAAUAAAUGGAAAGUUAAGGUCGAUGAAUCACAAAAGACUAUUAAACAGAUGCAGUUAUCAUACACAUCUUUGGAACAAGAGCUAGAACAAUUAAGAAGAGAAAAUAAAGAUAAUGAAAAUCUGAGAAGAGAACGAGAGAAUUUGGAAAUGGAACUAGAGAAGGCAGAAAUUGAACGAUCUACCUAUGUCACAGAAGUCAGAGAGUUAAAAACACAGUUAAAUGAAACACUCACAAAACUUAAAACUGAACAAAGUGAAAGACAGAAGGUAGCUGGUGACUUGCAUAAGGCUCAACAGUCAUUGGAUCUUAUCCAGUCAAAAAUAGUAAAAGCUGCUGGAGAUACUACUGUUAUUGAGAAUAGUGAUGUUUCUCCAGAAAUGGAGUCUUCUGAGAAGGAGACAAUGUCUGUAAGUCUAAAUCAGACUGUAGCACAGUUACAACAGUUGCUUCAGGCAGUAAACCAAACACUCACAAAGGAGAAAGAACACUACCCAGUAGUAGAGUGA